AUGAUUUCGAAUCUUGUUUUUGGUAUUUUAAUUUAUCUUGUUCCUUUGUUAACAUUAGUUUGCAUUUGUAUGAUUUGUGCUUUAUUGAGAGAAAGAAGACGUAUUCGUAUGAAUAAUAUCAAUCAUCAUAUUGUCUCUACACCAAGCAGAAUAAUUAAUCCAUUAGACGAAUAUGAAAACGAGAAUAACUCGAAUAUUUGUCCGCCUCCAUAUACAGCAAAAUCUCCAUCAAACUUUGAUGAUUCUUUACCUUCAUAUGAAUGUGCAAUUAAUAGAAUUUAA